UUAGAACCGAUCCGACGAAUUUCUUCUUGGUUCCAUCUUGGACGCCUUAUAGAUGGCCUCCCCUCAACCGAUGACUUCGCCACUUGCCACUUGCCACCUUGGCAGCCAAAUUAUCCAGGAAAAGAUAUCAACAUAGAUGAUGCACCAUACUUCGAUGAUGAUAAUGCUGAAUUUGGACUGGAAGCCAAUGAUCCUGAUGAUUGGAUUGGCGAGUUGACUACGGACAUAGAUAUUUUGGACAACAUACAUUCAUAUUUUGCUUGCUAA